GUUGACAGAAGCAAAAUUGUUAAUCAGUUGCUGCAGAAAUGAAAGGAUGUUAAAAGUAGGAGAAAUGCCAUCUGGAAUUUUAAAAAUGUUCACCAAAAGAUGCUGAUUAGAACAAUAAAUAGUUGUAUAAUAGAAUGGGUCAAAUAGAGAAACAAUUGUGUGAACCAUGAAAGCAAAAUGCAGUGAUUUUAUUAUGAAGAUUUGGGGUGCUGGGAUCCUUCUCACUAUUAUGAUGACCAUGGCAGUAUCUGAUAAAUUCAGUAAAUAUGCAAUACUUGGAACAACUAUUGAAUUGCAUUGUCCUCCAGAACGAUAUAAUCUGACAGUAUGGAAGGUGAACUUUAACAGUGGACUACAUUGCCAUUUAUCAUUUAAGAGAGAGAAUAAUACCAUAGCCAGAAACUGCAGUAAGGACAUCAUGGAUUGGGUAUCUAGACCAGAAGAAGAUUCUGCUGUUCGGAUAAAAUCAUUUCAAACGUCCAGUGAAGGAAUAUAUAGAUGUUUCAUUGCUACUGCUAAAGGAAUGUUAAAUCAUGAAUAUGAACUAUCUUUAUCAGUAUCUCCACAAGUAUCCUUGACUCAUGCCAAUGGCACUGCUGUGUGCAAGGCCACUGCAGGAAAACCAGCUGCAGGGAUAUCCUGGAAUCCACCAGGAGACUCUCAAAAUGUGACUGAAAUAUUUCCAAAUGGCACAAAGACCGUCACCAGUACAUAUAAUAUGAAAAAUGUUAAUAGGGAUAAGCUUACAUGCGUCAUCUCCCAUCCAACUUGGGGAACAUCACUUAUCUUAACUCAAUCAGAUGAAAAUGAAAAAAAGGAAAGUUAUAUCAUGAUAAUUCUCUAUAGCUGUCUUACUGGUCUUUUGGGAAUACUUGGAUUUUCACUUUCCAUCUAUCUCUGGAGGUUCUGUGGAAGCAGCAAAAGAAAAAUCAAUGCAACUACAAAUAUAGAAACAAUUUCAGGACAAAGCAUCCAGGAAGAUGUGGAGCCAUAUGCUACCUUUGUGCAGAUGGAAAACGUAAUAUAUGAUAAAGCAUGUAAUUUCUCAUCAGGUUAACACGUAUGAUCUUUCAUCUUCGUCAUAAGACAGCAUCAGAUCUGAACUGUGAGAAGUAUGUACGGGCAAAAUGUGCUAAUUACAGUGAAUGGUAACUUAUUUUUUUCUCCAAUUCUUGGAGACUGCUGGACAAGUUCCUGCAGUUUUCCUGGCAAAUUUUUUCAGAAAUGGUUUACCAUGACUGUUUUCAUGUUCUCAAGAUCACCAAGCUGGCUUUAUUCUGAAGGCAGGACUAGAACUUGGUUUCUUGGUUUCUAGUAUGAUACCCUAACCACUACAUCAGACUGGCUCAAAGUGAAUGGCAAUGACAGCAACUUUAAACCAAUCUUUCCACUGAACAUGAGGACAUUUGCAUAAAUAUCUAUUUCUCUUUAAUCACAACAGAUUCUUCUAACAACUUUACUGGCUCUUAUGUACCAGGCAUUUACUUUUGCUCACAAAGAUUAGUUUUCUGACUUAGGCUUCCCCAACAGCACGAAGCACGACUCCUUGUCCCGAUAAACUC